UACUUUUCAUUCCCAAGGCGGCAGUCACAUCGAAAACGCACCCAACCAAAUUUUAAACUUGAAAAAAAUCGCUCCAAAGAAUUUUUUUUUUUACUUUUCAUCUGAACUCUUGUCGAUCCAUAAAUGGAAACUGUGCGAAACAGGAACCCUCCCCGGGUGAAAUACACCGCUCCACCAAAGCCGGAAUCGACUACGGAUCUCAAGUUCACCGAGAAUGAGAAGAAAACCAUAACCGACCUGAAGCAGCUCUACUUGGAGACCAUAAACCUCGAUGUGGCUCUGCAACGCGACAUUUACAACAUGGAAAAGAAGUACGAGGAUAAGCACAACAUCGUUUUCGACAAGCGCAAGAAGAUUCUAGAUGAGUUUAGAAAGCAGAACCACGGUGACACCGAGUCCAGUCAGAGCGUUCCCAACUUUUGGUUGAAGGUUCUCAAGGCAUCGUACACAGAGUUCAUCAGCAAGAAGGAUGAGAAAAUAUUAGAGUGCUUGUGCGACAUCCGUUCUCGGCUGUACAACGAUCCGGUGGUGAAGUUUGACAUCGAGUUCCACUUCGAUCCCAAUGAUCACUUCACCAACACGGUGCUAACCAAGACCUAUUUCCUAAACUGUCUACCGGAUCCGGAAGAUCCGCUUGCAUACGAUGGCGCCGAGAUUUUCAAGUGCGAGGGCUGCGUCAUCAACUGGAAGCAGAGCAAGGAUCAGGCGAAGAAUGAAAAUCAUCUCGAAGAGCCGACGUUCUUUGACUUUUUCUCGCCGCCCCUUCUGCCGGACGACAUCGAGGAUGCCAACUACUGUGAUGUCAAUGCCAUACUGCAAAACGAUUUUGAGCUUGGCUUCUACCUAAAGGAGCGCGUGAUUCCCAAGGCGGUCAUCUUCUUCACCGGCGAGAUAGCCGACUGCCAGAGCUCCAGCGGAUCCGAGACAGAGUCGGACGACACCGAGGACGAGUCGGAUGCCGAGGAGGAAUCGUCCAAUGGCAACGACAAGUAAUCAUGAAGCCUGUUCUCAGUUUUACACCGUUUUUAUAAUAUAUAUACAUUUUUAACACGACACACCGAACAACCAAUUAUUGGCCUGUCCUUACAUGCUACAAACCUACCAAAUAAGCAUUUCAUUAUACAUAUU